AUGACCACGGAGGAUUACAAGAAACUAGCUCCCUAUAAUGUCAAGCAAAAAUCAGUGGACUUGGAUGAGGAUGAUGUGCCUUUUACUCCAGAUGAACAUAAAAAGAGGACAGAGGCAGCCAACAGUGUCCUGAGACGCACUGCCAGCAGGGAACGUGCUUACGUCCUCUCAGCAGCCAAGAAAAGCAGCGGCAGCCCUACACAAGAAUUUCCACCCUUGUUCGCCAAGAGAAUUGAGAUAGAAGAAGAGGAAGGACAGCAGAGGAGGAGUCCAACGGCGUCUGGUUCAUGCAGGUUUCCACCAGAUGACAACAGUACUAAUGGGCCAAGAAAAACCACCGCUGGGUCUUCCUGGAAUGAGCCAAAGCCAACAGCAGUGUCUCCCUCCAGCACUGAAACAGACAGUAAGAUCCAAACAACCACAUCCUCAAGUGAAACUUCAGAGAGAAUCUCCACAUCUACUGAAAUCAGAAAUGGUGAAAACAGACAGGCUCCUCAUGGGAAACCCUCACCUGAAACUGUGUCACAGCCUGGCGACGGUGACAAACCUCUUAAGGAAAAGUCUGAGCCAUUCCCAUGGGAUGGGGAUGCACUGGCCCCCAGAGCGUCUGUGGUUUCCACAAAUGGAAGUUAUUCUGAACACACAGAAGCUGACAAUGGAUUUUACCCACCAAAGUCCAACUCUGGUUGCAGGGACAGACCUGCAGAUGCCACAGAGAAGCUGCACCGUCAGUAUGAGCCCUCUCCCUACCUGGACGGUGCACAGUCUGGACCUGCGAGGUCAGGGCCUGGUGCUGGUACCCACAGGGCUGCUUGUGGAGGGCGGGUCUUGCAGUCUGGUGUCCCCUCUCCUCCUACUGACAGAGCCCCUGUGCACCUAGAGGACACAGAAUAUACCUUUAAAAGAUCCGUGGUGGGCUACAAGGAGAGAAGCAGCACCCAAGAGAGCAGAUACACGAGUCCCGAGGUCCCAGCAUACAGCAAGCCUUACUGGGAUGAAGCAACGUCUUCCCAGGAUUUCAAAGAGGGGAACACCGCUAGAGAAAGGGCGCAUGAGAGCACGCAGGCCUCAGAUGACUAUAAACCAGAGCUGAUCCAAGAAGGGUUUUUGGACUCAAACCACCAUACUGAGAAGGGACAAGAACCUCCUGACCAUGACAUCCACCCAGAGCCUCCCAGGUCAAGGGAACACACUGCACAUGAACCCAGCAUGACUCGGCCCAGCUCUCUACCCAGAGAAAGCAGCAUCGCUGCUCCAGAGCCCCAGUGUGCAAAUGAAUCUGACCCACAGCGGGACAGGAUCACUUCAGCUUACGAAGAACAAACCUGCCCCACCACGGACAGUCACCACGAGAGCCCAGGAGACUGGAAACACAAUGAGCCCAGCCCAGGGGCAGCCAGGUCUAACUUCAGCUCAAAAGAGAGUGCGUACGAGACCCAGCAUCCCAUGCCACUGUACACGGACCGCCAGCCUUUUAGCACCAGUGUGCCAGCACCCAGUCACCGGAUACCAUCCUACGUAGACAGCCAAGUAUUCGGCACCAGAAGACUUACUCCAGAUUACGAGGGGAGAGUUUAUGAUGGGAGAAGCAGCCCUAAGAACAGCAGAUAUGACAGCACUAGUGCCAGGGGGCACUGUGAAUUUAACCCCACGGCCGGACGCCACGACUCCCUUCCCAGAGAUCCCACCAUGUCCAUUUCCCAGAGAAGCCACAGGGUGCCGUUCUACAUGGACAGCUUAAACUAUAACAGCACCAGGCUUCUCUCAAGUUCGAGUGAGAGGAUCUGCAGUCCGAUGGCCACCUUACCGCACAGCAGCCCAGCAGCCUCCGGGUACCAGCCUGAUUCCAGCACUGCCGGAAAAGGGGUCCUCUUUGUGAAGGAGUACGUCAACAGCAGCGAGUUAUCGGCCUCCCCGCGCUACGGCAGCAGCAGCCUUGUGGAUUUGACCGAUUUGGAGAGAGCAACCUAUGGCCACCACAGCUACCUCUCCAGCACUCCCCUGCACAGGUCCAGUGAACCUGUCUGCAGUUACUGCAGCCGUGAGAUCCGAGACUGCCCUAAGAUCAUAAUAGAGCAUCUUAACAUCUGCUGCCACGAAUACUGCUUCAGGUGUGGAAUUUGCCACAAAGCAAUGGGAGAUCUUCUGGAUAAAAUAUUCAUCCACCGGGACAUUGUCCACUGUGACAAGUGCUACGAGAAACUCUUCUAGGGUUUGGCAAAGUUGGAGGAGGCAGCCACUGGGAAGUCCUCAGCAGCACGUAUCGGAAUAUAUCAAGCAGUUCCUGACUGGCUAAGAUAGCAGAAUUCCUGCUCCCUCCUUUCCUCAAGUUAUUUUCCCUCUCACUGCCUCAUCACAAUGACUGAGUUUAACACCCGCUAGUUUAUGCUGUCAGCUGCACACAAGACAAGUGCCAACGUUAACAAGAUAAGGCAGUGUCAUCUGCAAAGAUAAGUGGGCUGAUUUUUCCAAAGGUGCCGAGUCCCUCUUUAACUUCAUUCAGAUUCCAGAGUGCUCCCUGUGUGGGAAGUCAGGCAGAGCUCCUUAGGUCUAUCUACGCUAAUUGCAAGAAACAUUUUCUGAUUAUUAUUAUUUUUUU